AUGAUAGUUUGUAAAGGUAAGUUAGGGUGCACAGAGGACACUCUAAUCAAAUAGAGUGGUCACCAGAAAGAAAAGAAUGAAGAGAGAUUUGGUGAGAAUAUCUUUAUUCAAAUUAAAGUCAAGGGCAAAAGUUAUGGGUGUGAGACCACAGCCUUUCCAGGUGCUGGAUGGAUGGCUGUGAUGGUGUGAUAUGAUUGUGGUGGCAGUCAGUGGGAGGAGGGGAAGGCUGUUGUUCUGCGGUUCACAGGUGUGUAGAUGAGAAGAAGAAGAGAGGGGGAUUCGCUAUAGUUCAGAUAAACAGAUGCAAAAGUUCUCCAUUAUUUUGAUGGUGCGUCUCAUCAUGCAAGUUCAAGAGCAGGGGGCAUUGAAGCUUUUCGGGUGUGUCACUCUCUGACUCCCUUUCCCUCCACCACCUCAACAGCUGGGAGAAAGGGAACGGCCAUCUAGAGGGGUCAGGGUGGGGCAGGGUUUUUUGGGAAGACUUGCCAUGUCGGUGGGGUCAACUUCGAGAGGUGAAUGGGGUGAUCCAGUGGCAUGGGAAAGUCACCCCGGAGCCUUGGUGAAAGGGAUGCAGGGAUGCAGGGGGGGCAUAAGAGGGGCAGAUGGCCCCUAUAGAGGGGGGGGGGUGUUGGUUUAUGGUGAUGGGACUUUCUAUGGGGUUGUGGGGAGGUGGGGUAAGAACGAGUGUGAGUGUCGUCACUGUGCCAUUGUCACCGGUCUGCGCUUGGUUCAAUAGAAGUUCUCCUAACUUGACCCCACUAACCCUCUCUAGUCUGCCUCUGUCUCAGCCAUUGUUCCUGCCCUCUUUGGCUCAAUGACUCCCUGGCAUUCAGCCCUAUUAUUGUGGACGGUUUCAGUAAAAGUGUUGUGGACGCGGAACUAACACAGCCAUCAAUCAGUUGGCCGGUGUAGAGUGUCAAGUGCAGUUUUUGGGGUUGGAAGAGUUCGUCCCCGGGGCGAACGUGGCUGUCCAUCUCUAUUCCGGUCCCCUUCUGUGUUGUUGUGUCUCAGUCUUUGCUUGUAAACACAGAUACAUAGGGCAUGGGAUAGGAAUCUUGGUGUAUGAAUGGAUUAGAGACAGGCAAGGCUCCAGCCAUGGCAUGCUCAAUGCCCCAGGACAAAGUGCUGUGAGGUGUAGUUUACAAACUCAGUUUAAAGUUUUUCCUUUAAUGACUUGUCCCAUAGGGUCUGAGUAUCAACCUCCCUUACUGGUCCUCUUACCUGCUCUUAAAGUGAUUGGGUGAAAAGGUACUUUAUGGGUAAACUACUGUAUAUAGCCAACAUUGAGUUCCUUUGGGAAUUCACUCAUAGUGGGUGAUUAGAUAAACACAUGCAAUAGCAUCACCCCCAGUGUACUGGUCUACAAAAUGAACCAACACUGAUGUUCUCAACCCUAACGGCCAAUGAUCUUCUUCCCCAUUUCUAGAUGUAUGUGGUGCCAAAGAGCUGGCGUUCCUAUUGGAGCCCAGUGACGUCAUUGCUGUGCGGGAUCGGCCGCUAAUGCUGGACUGCCGGGUGGAGGGCGAGGGUCCCAUCUCGAUCACGUGGCGCAAGAACGGGGUGCCAGUAGUCGUGGGGGAGCGUGUACAGGUGCUGCCCAAUGGGACCCUCUUCAUCCAGAGCUUCCAAAAACGACUAGACAGAGGCGGAAGUGAGACGGAUGUUGGAGAGUACGACUGCGCCGCCCAGAACCACUUUGGCAUGCUGGUCAGCCGCAAGGCCCGGGUUCAGCUGGCAUGUGAGUUUACCUCCCUUACAUACUGUUUUAUGGUUACCUAGUGUUAUUUAUGUAAUGGUGACCUACGUAACAGCCGCCUACAGUACAUAAGUCACUUACGUGACACUCAAUACACAUACAGUACAAUACACAGAAAACACUUAACCUAUCUAUACACAACACAAGACAGCAUAGUAUUGAGUAUUAAAGGAAAUUGUUAAUUUGCUCUUGCUGGCAUGGUUGCUCUCCAACAGCCAACCCCUACUUGUUCUAAUUUUACUUAGAAAUAAAUAACUCAUUUUAAAGACUAUAUCAAUACAAAGAUUACCCAUCUUGAGUUAUAGCCGAGGCGACAUUUUACAAAUAACCGAAAUAUGCUUUCAUUACAAGUCAAAGGAAAAAUAUAAAUAGGAGUUACAUGAUUGUCCAGUACAGAAACCAUAGUUUUAGAGUAGCCUUGAAUAACCAAAUAUUGUUUGAGUGUGGUUUGCCAGCACUCUUAUGCCCUGUGCACAUCGUGACGUAUUUAAUUACGCCGUACGUCAUCUUCACAGAGUCUUGCCCCGCUGCUGAAUGGACAAGUGUAGUGUUUGUAACGCAAGAUGGAGGAGAGCCCCUCUCGUCAGAGAUCACAUUUAUUUUGGGAGUUUGCAAAAUAUUACCUUUUCAUUCAAGACAGGAUACAUACAGUGCAUUCGGAAAGUAUUCAGACCCCUUCCCUUUUUCCACAUUUUGUUACGUUACAGCCUUAUUCUAAAAUUGAUUAAAUAAAUACAAAUCCUCAUCAAUCUACACACAAUAUCCCAUAAUGACAAAGCAAUGAUUAUUUUUAUUUUUAUUUAGCAAAUAUACAACAAAUAAAAAACAGAAAUACCUUUAUUUACAUAAGUAUUCAGACCCUUUGCUAUGAGACUCGAAAUUGAGCUCAGGUGCAUCCUGUUUCCAUUGAUCAUCCUUGAGAUGUUUCUACAACUUGAUUGGAGUCCACCUGUGGUAAAUUCAAUUGAUUGGACAUGAUUUGGAAAGGCACACACCUGUUUAUAUAAGAUCCCACAGUUGACAGUGCAUGUCAGAGCAAAUACCAAGCAAUAAGGUUGAAGGAAUUGUCCGUAGAGCUCCGAGACAGGAUUGUGUCGAGGCACAGAUCUGGGGAAGGGUACCAGAAAAUUCCUGCACCAUUGAAGGUCCCCAAGAACACAGUGUCCUCCAUCAUUCUUAAAUAGAAGAAGUUUGGAACCACUUAGACUGUUCCUAGAGCUGGCCGCCCGGCCAAACUGAGCAAUCGGAGAAUGGCCUUGGUCAGGGAGGUGACCAAGAACCCAAUGGUCACUCUGACAGAGCUCCACAGUUCCUCUGUGGAGAUGGGAUAAUCUUCCAGAAGGACAACCAUCUCUGCAGCACUCCACCAAUCAGGCCUUUAUGGUAGAGUGGCCAGACGGAAGCCACUCCUCAGUAAAAGGCACAUGACAGCCUGCUUGGAGUUUGCCUAAAGGCACCUAAAGACUCUCAGACCAUGAGAAACAAGAUUAUCUGGUCUGAUGUAACCAAGAUUGAACUCUUUGGCCUGAAUGCCAAGCGUCACGUCUGGAGGAAGUCUGGCACCAUCCCUACGGUGAAGCAUGGUGGUAGCAGCAUCAUGCUGUGGGGAUGUUUUCAGCGGCAGGGACUGGGAGACUAGUCAGGAUCGAGGGAAAGAUGAACGGAGCAAAGUAUAGAGAGAUCCUUGAUGAAAACCUGCUCCAGAGCGCUCAGGACCUCACUGUAGCUAGUGACCUCCACCUAAUAAUUAUCAUCAAAAACAAAUGUCAUUACAAUCACAAUAAACUUAAAUGGGAAGCAACAGUCAUAUAAUAUAAUUGGCUUACCAGCCAAUGUGUAUUAUUUAACAUUAUUAUUAAAAUAGUACUCACUUAUAGGAAUGGGUAAUUGUUUAUACGUUGCUAGCUAUCCAAUAAGGCCAUCACCGAAACCCCCAUAUAUUCACCUUCUUCUGUGGUUUGGUAAUUUCCUGUUCUUCGACGGACUCUGGCUGGACUGAAGACGACGCAAAGUUUGGAAAAUGUCAAAGUAUGCAGCGUCUCUCUCUCAAUGGAGCCUUCAUCUAUAUGAGAUCACUACAUAUAGUCCCCUUUCUGUCAAAACAGGCUAUAGAGUCUGUUCUGUUUUCCAUACUGCGAACACCAUUGUCGCAUACCUGGCAACCCAAAACCCCCUCGGACUCUAUAGACUCUGUUAUAAAUGAUGCUCCACGCUGAGAACACCUUAGUUGCAUACCUGGCAACCCGAGACCACCUCAGACUUUUUCAUCUCUCGUGUUUCUUUGUGACACUGUGGGUGAUAAAUGGUACACCCCACACCUUCUCUCUCUCCCUUCUCUCUCUCUCUUUCCCUUCUCUCUCUCUCUUUCUCACACACACACACACACAAACACACACACACACACAAACACACACACACACACACGCACACACACACACCUCCACAUACACACGUGACCGAAUGUACGACCUUCUCCUUACCUAUUCCCCCUGACCCCCUCCCUUCGGCCUAAUGAAACCAGGGGGGUUAUGGGUAAUCCAGCAGAAAUAUGGCUGUCACAAUGUAGUGUUCCCUCAAAGCAAUGGGUUGCCAUGGCAAUGCUCUCUCAUUUGGAGACCCCCCUCGGUCCACACCGCCUUAUUGAAUAUGGCAAUGACCAGGCUUUUAGGGCCCCUCUGCGUGUGUGUCUGUGUGUACGUGUGUAUGUACAUGUGCGUGUGUGCAUGUGUACAUCACCCUUCAUCCAGAAUUGAAAUGGACAUUCACUCUCCCUCCCCAUCAGUGGUGAUCACAACAACGCAACACAACCAAAAUGCAGGCGAUCACAACAACUGAAGCCUUAACAUUAAAAUACAUUGGAAUGUUAGCAUUUAAAAAUAAUAAAAAUAAUAAAAAAUAUAACACACACCACUGGUCUCCAAGAUACUGUAUGAAGAUGGAUCCGUCCACCACUCUAGCUCAGCCCCCGUUAAUCACAGACGUGAAUAGACAAAUCCAAUGGUACAACCCAGAAUUCUGUAGCUCAAACACACAAUGUUUAAAAGAGGUUAGAAGUCCAAAGGGCGCCGGUGUCACGAUGGGACUGUAGGAGUUAAUAGAACAAGCUUGGUACACACUUAAAUAUGACAACACAUACAAUAAAAAAUAACACAAACAUGAUAGAUAUUGUAGGCAUUCAUAUGUUGUGUAUAUGAAUAUUAAGUAUAUGUAUAUAUACAUAUUAUAUGUAUAUUUUUGUAUAAUAUUGUUGGCUCUUCUGCUCAUCUUGGACCAGGUCUCCUCUUGCAAAAUAUAUAUUUUAUAUCAAUGAGACUAUCCUGUGUCAAUAAAUGUUAAAUGGAGAUAUAACUUUUUCUGUUCUUUCUUCGUCAGCUCUCCCUAAGUUCCACACCCACCCAGAGUCCAUGUCAGUGGACGAUGGCGGUGUGGCUCGCUUCAAGUGCCAGGUCAACAGUGUGCCCGAGGCCAACAUCACCUGGGAGAGGGACAGAACCCCACUCAGUAACACCGACAACAGGUAACAUCAUCAUAAUAAACUGAAUGUACAAAACAUUACGAACACCUUUCCAUGACAUAGACUGACCAGGUGAAUCCAGGAUAAAGCUAUGAUCCCUUAUUGAUGUCACCUGUUCAAUCAGUAUAGAUGAAAGGGAGGAGACAGGUUAAAGAAGGAUUUUUAAGCCUUGAGACAAUUGAGACAUGGAUUGUGUAUGUGUGCCAUUCAGCGGGUGAAUGGGCAAGACAAAAGAUUUAAGUGCCUUUGAGUGGGGUAUGGAAGUAGGUGCCAGGCGCACUGGUUUGAGUGUGUCAAGAACUGCAGCGUUGCUGGGUUUUUCACGCUCAACAGUUUCCUGUGUGUAUCAAGAAUGGUCCACCACCCAAAGGACAUCCAGCCAACUUGACACAACUGUCGGAAGCUUCGGAGUCAACAUGGGCCAGCAUCCCUGUGGAACGCUUUCGACACCUUGUAGAGUCUAAACCUGACAAAUGGAGGCUGUUCUGAGGGUAAAAGGGGCUGCAACUCAAUAUUAGGAAAGGGUUCCUAAUUAUUUGGACACUCAGUGUAUAUAGGCCUAUACACUCCCACGCACGUACACACGCACACAGACACACACGUUUCAUAACAUUAUUAUUUUGGGAUGAUUGCUAAUGAACUUGGCGCUUGGCGUCACCCAGCAAGAGAGUUUGCCACAUUAGCGAUGUAGCUACCAUGCUGCAGACAGACAUUUUGAAAAAGUAGCAAACUUGGGCAUAGUAGUCAGAAGAACUAUAUGUCACAUAUAUGUGUGCACUCACACCUCUCUGAACCCCUCUCCCUCCCCCUCCUUGUCCAGGUACACGCUCCUGCCCAUGGGUAUCCUCCAGGUGACUGGUGUGAGGCGGAUUGACGCCGGGGUGUACCGUUGUAUGGCCUCCAACAUCGCCAACACACGCUUCAGCCAUGAGGCUGUGCUCAAUGUAACCGGUGAGUGGUACCGACCCCACUCACAUUAAGCCUAGCCCUGGACUAAAAAGCAUGCUCAAUGGCGACUCUCCAUUGAUAGUGCAUCUUAUUCCAAGACUAGUCUUAAUCUGUGUCUGGAAAACCAAACCUUACAGUAUAGAUCACAUAAUUAGAGGGACCUGGCAUUAGUGUAGUUUCAAUGGGUUUGUUCAUGUCGCUUUUUAACCUAUAAUUUAGUUGUUUGGGACACUAUAAAGAAUACUAAACUGACCACGUCUAUGCAAAUCACAUAAAUAUUGAUAAAAUCCCUGUAGGCUAAAGCCAAAGUCCGAACACGGUCUUAGUCAACCGAGGAACCUGUCUUACAGUAGUGUCUUCUCAUUUCUCAUUUUGUGUGUGUUUGUGUUCUUUUUAUCUCUCUACAGGUGGGGCCUCCAGGAUCUACAAGGAGCCAGUUAUCCUCUCUGGGCCCCAGAACCUGACCAUCACUGUCCACCAGACAGCCAUUUUGGAGUGCAUCGCCACAGGGAACCCCCGGCCCAUUGUGUCCUGGAGCAGGCUGGGUAACGACUGUUCUCAUGCAAUCAGAAUGGCAUACAAUGGCCUUAAUUUAUACCACAUUGAGUUAAUGAUAGUAGCUAAACAAUGAGUUGAUCUCUGUAUCAGCUAUUCUGCGUAUUAUGCACUAUGUUGCUCUAUAGACGAGUUAGCUGAGAACGUCACAAAAACAACGUGCACACUUCAAUUGGGCAGAAGGCCGUUGUUGUUGUGAUUCUGGAUGACCACAUAGCUAGCAACAAUGACAAGAAACUGCCAUGUGGGGAAUCGUAGGUGGGUAGUUUCAGUUAGUUUUAUCUUGUUCUUGUUACCAUGCCUUGUUUUGAGGUGUUUUGUCUGAUGUCACUUCUAUGCUAACGUGGCAGAAAUUUGCUAGCUAGCUAACCAACAACUGUAACGAUGUAUGUGAGAGACAACAAGUGCUCAUUGUGCAAUUGUAUUUAUGUUUUUAAUAAACAUUGGAAACUAAAUAUAGUUUACAUGUUGUCAACAAUCUGCAAUAUUAAGCUGAUCUACACUCCAAAAAAAUAAAUAUUAAUACUAAUAAUAAAAAUUUAAAAAACAAUCUAAGCCAAACCCGUUUUUCCCCAUAGUUAUGCACGCAUUGAUUUUGUUGCUAAAUAAAAUAAAAUAAAAUAAAAAUUUAUUUGCCACAUGCACCGAAUACAGCCCUUAACCAACAAUGCAUUUAUUUCUUAAUAAAAAAGUAAAAUAAUACAACAACAACAAAAAAGUGUUGAGAAAGAAAGAGCAGAAGUAAAAUAAAAUAACAGUAGGGAGGCUAUAUACAGGGGGGUAGAAGCUGUUGAGAAGCCUUUUGGACCUAGACUUGGUGCUCCGGUACUGCUUGCCGUGCGGUAGCAGAGAGAACAGUCUAUGACUAGGUUGGCUGGAGUCUUUGACAAUUUUGAGGGCCUUCCUCUGACACCAACAACCAACCCUCCUGUAAGCUUAAGGUUUCAAACUUGAUUUUCAUUGAAUCCUGUGUUUUUUUGUAAUAUGUUGGCCUAUGUCUUAUUCCUUUGUGUGUGUGUGUGCUCUCUCCAGAUGGGCGCUCCAUUGGGGUGGAGGGCAUCCAGGUGUUGGGCACUGGAAACCUGAUGAUCUCGGACGUGUCGCUGCAGCACUCGGGGGUGUACGUGUGCGCCGCCAACCGCCCCGGGACCAGGAUGAGGCGUACUGCGCUGGGAAGACUGGUGGUGCAAGGUGAGCUCCCUCCUAACACUUAUACCCUUUUCACACUACUAUGCCCAAGUAACCCGAGCUAAGCUGUACUGAGCUGGCCUGGUUUCACAUCCACCAAUGUUGCUGGCACUGUGCUGAAAAGGACAAUGUGAAAAGAAAAUAUCAGAGCCAGCAGAGUACAGUUAAGGUCAACACAAUAGUCUGAAAAGUGUAAUACUGUACCUGCCUCACCUCACUAAGAGGCAGAGCCUGAAGGCUGAAUCAAAGUCAAGUUUAAAUAAUUCAUUAAGCAUUUAUACAGUAAGUGAUAUCCUCCAAGAAUGGCUUUACAUGUCACAGAGUGAGCCAAUGGUUCUAUGGUUUCAACCCAGUGCUGCUGAUCACACUGACCAUCAACUGACCAUGACACUGACAGAUACACAUGAUCACAGGAGCAGGAUAGGGGAUGGGGGGGGUCAAUGUCCAGAAGGUGGGGUGGUGGUGGGGGUGGAGGUGUGUGGGUGUAGGGUUUGGGCUUUGGGCUUUUGGGACUGGCUGACCCCGUCACAUUAUCCUGUAUUGGAUUUGGCCAUGACUUCUGCCAGGGAAGGGAAGGAAAAGGGGUGGGUUUGGGAGAGAGGAGUCGAUACCCACGGUUCACCCUCUCACCUCACCUUUGGCCCCCUUAGAGCUUUGAAGGGAGGGGUGAGGUGCAGGUGGGGAUGGGGGUUGGUCAUUUUUGGUGAUACUAUUGGCGCGAGAGAGACCCUGGGCUCCCACUUGUAAUUAAGCAUUGACACUGGUCUCCAGCUGGACUUGUGUGUGUCCACUGCUGCCAUUACCUCAUCCAUCAGGCCCAUCCAUCACCCAGCAACUGUCCAUACGUUCACCGUCCUCAUAUUUCACCCUCCCCCAUUUUAAUUGGCUAUUCUAAGGGUUGACCAAUAUACUGAGGACCACACAAGGGUCACAACACCUCUGGUUAAUGUGAGAGACCAACAACAUAAUAGGAAAAAAAUAGCCCUACCAUAAACAACUAUGGAUAGGAUUACAGUGCAUUCGGAAAGUAUUCAGACCCUUUGACUUUUUCCACAUUUUGUGACAUUACAGCCUUAUUCUAAAAAGUUUUUAUUUGUAUAUCUCAUCAAUCUACACAUAAUACCCCAUAAUGACAAAGUGAAAACAGAAAUAGCUUAUUUACAUAAGUAUUCAGACCCUUUACUAUGAGACUCGAAAUUGAGCUCAGGUGCAUCCUGUUUACAUUGAUCAUCCUUGAGAUAUUUCUACAACUUGAUUAGAGUCAACCUGGGAUAAAUUCAAUUGAUUGGACAUGAUUUGGAAAGGCAAACACCUGUCUAUAUAGGUCCCACAAUUGACAGUGCAUGUCAGAGCAAAAACCAAGCCAUGAGGUCGAAGGAAUUGUCCAUAGAGCUCCGAGACAGGAUUGUGUCGAGGCACAGAUCUUGGGAAGGGUACCAAAACAUUUCUGCAGCAUUGAACGUCCCCAAGAACACAGUGGCCUCCGUCAUUCUUAAAUGGAAGAAGUUUGGAACCACCAAGACUCUUCCUAGAGCUGGCCGCCCGGCCAAACUGAGCAAUCGGGGGAGAAGGGCCUCGGUCAGGGAGGUGACCAAGAACCCGAUGGUCACUCUGACAGAGCUCCAGAGUUCCUCUGUGGAGAUGGGAGAACCUUCCAGAAGGACAACCAUCUCUGCAGCACUCCACCAAUCAGGCCUUUAUGGUAGAGUGGCCAGAUGGAAGCCACUCCUCAGUAAAAGGCACAUGACAGCCCACUUGAACUUUUCCAAAAGGCACCUAAAGACUCUCAGACCAUGACAUACAAGAUUCUCUGGUCUGAUGAAACCAAGAUUGAACUCUUUAGGCCUGAAUGCCAAGCAUCACAUCUGGAGAAACUUGGCACCAUCCCUAUGGUGAAGCAUGGUGGUGGCAGCAUCAUGCUAUGGGGAUGUUUUUUGGCAGGGACUGGGAGACUAGUUAGGAUCGAUGGAAAGAUGAACGGAGCAAAGUACAGAGAGAUCUUUGAUGAAAACCUGCUCCAGAGCGCUCAGGACCUCAGACUGGGGUGAAGGUUCACCUUCCAACAGGACAACGACCCUAAGCACACAGCCAAGACAAUGCAGGAGUGGCUUUGGGACAAGUCUCUGAAUGUCCUUGAGUGUCCCAGCCAAAGCCCGGACUUGAACUCUAUCGAACAUCUCUGGAGAGACAUGAAAAUAGCUGUGUAGCGAGAGGAUCUGCAGAGAAGAAUGGGAGAAACUCCCCAAAUACAGGUGUGCCAAGCUUGUAGCGUCGUACCCAAGAAGACUCGAGGCUAUAAUUGCUGCCAAAGGUGCUUCAACAAAGUACUGAGUAAAGGGUCUGAAUACUUAAGUAAAUGUGAUAUUUGCAAAAAUGUCAAAAAAACUGUUUUUGCUUUGUCAUUAUGGGAUAUUGUGUGUAGAUUGAUGAGGGGGGAAAAUGAUUUAAUCAUUUUGAGAAUAAAGCUGUAACGUAACAACAUUUGGAAAAAGUCAAGGGAUCUGAAUACUUUCCGAAUGCACUAUAUAUUAGAAUGUAAUCAUGUUUUUGCUCCCCUGCCUCUCUAGAAGCGAUAAUUGCCACUGAAUAUGUAACUGAUACUGUAUAUGCAAUAUAUUGAUGUAAUAUACAGUUGAAGUCGGAAGUUUACAUACACCUUAGCCAAAUACAUUUAAACUCAGUUUUUCACAAUUCCUGACAUUUAAUCCUAGUAAAAAUUCCCUGUCUUAGGUCAGUUAGGAUCACCACUUUAUUUUAAGAAUGUGAAAUGUCAGAAUAAUAGUACAGAGAAUGAUUUAUUUCAGCUUUUAUUUAUUUCAUCACAUUCCCAGUGGGUCAGAAGUUUACAUACACUCAAUUAGUAUUUGGUAGCAUUGCCUUUAAAUUGUUUAACUUGGGUCAAACGUUUCGGGAAGCCUUCCACAAGCUUCCCACAAUAAGUUGGGUGAAUUUUGGUCCAUUCCUCAUGACAGAGCUGGUGUAACUGAGUCAGGUUUGUAGGCCUCCUUGCUCGCACAUGCUUUUUCAGUUCUGCCCACACAUUUUCUAUAGGAUUGAGGUCAGGGCUUUGUGAUGGCCACACCAAUACCUUGACUUUGUUGUCCUUAAGCCAUUUUGUCACAACUUUGGAAGUAUGCUUGAGGUCAUUGUCCAUUUGGAAGACCCAUUUGCGACCAAGCUUUAACUUCCUGACUGAUGUCUUGAGAUGUUGCUUCAAUAUAUCCACAUAAUUAUCCUUCCUCAUGAUGCCAUCUAUUUUGUGAAGUGCACCAGUCCCUCCUGCAGCAAAGCACCCCCACAGCAUGAUGCUGCCACCCCAGUGCUACACGGUUGGGAUGGUGUUCUUCAGCUUGCAAGCAUUCCCCUUUUUCCUCCAAACAUAACAAUGGUCAUUAUGGCCAAACAGUUCUAUUUUUGUUUCAUCAGACCAGAGGACAUUUCUCCAAAAAGUACGAUCUUUGUCCCCAUGUGCAGUUGCAAACCGUAGUCUGGCUUUUUUAUGGCGGUUUUGGAGCAGUGGCAUCUUCCUUGAUGAGCGGCCUUUCAGGUUAUGUCGAUGUAGGACUCAUUUUACUGUGGAUAUAGACACUUUUGUACCUGUUUCCUCCAGCAUCUUCACAGGGUCCUUUGCUGUUGUUCUGGGAUUGAUUUGCACUUUUCACACCAAAGUACGUUCAUCUCUAGGAGAUAGAACGUGUCUCCUUCCUGAGCGGUUCCCAUGGUGUUUAUACUUGCGUACUAUUGUUUGUACAGAUGAACGUGGUACCUUCAGGCGUUUGGAAAUUGCUCCCAAGGAUGAACCAGACUUGUGGAGGUCUACACAUUUUUUUCUGAGGUCUUUGCUGAUUUCUUUUGAUUUUCCCAUGAUGUCAAGCAAAGAGGCACUGAGUUUGAAGGUAGGCCUUGAAAUACAUCCACAGGUACACCUCCAAUUGACUCAAAUGAUGUCAAUUAGCCUAUCAGAAGCUUCUAAAGCCAUGACAUCAUUUUCUGGAAUUUUCCAAGCUGUUUAAAGGCACAGUCAACUUAGUGUAUGUAAACUUCUGACCCACUGGAAUUGUGAUACAGUGAAUUAUAAGUGAAAUAAUCUGUCUGUAAACAAUUGUUGGAAAAAUUACUUGUGUCAUGAACAAAGUAGAUGUCCUAACCGACUUGCCAAAACUAUAGUUUGUUAACAAGACAUUUGUGGAGUGGUUGAAAAACGAGUUUUAAUGACUCCAACCUAAGUGUAUGUAAACUUCUGACUUCAACUGUAUCUAACAUUGUAUUUGCACUUUCAAAGUAAAUCACUAUAUUCCAAUAUCUUUAGCUUUUCCUUAAUGACCUAGCCAAAUAUACAGUGAGGGAAAAAAGUAUUUGAUCCCCUGCUGAUUUUGUAUGUUUGCCCACUGAUUAGACAUGGUCAGUCUAUAAUUUUAAUGGUAGGUUUAUUUGAAUAGUGAGAGACAGAAUAACAAAACAAAAAUCCAGAAAAAAAGCAUGUCAAAAAUGUUAUCCAUUGAUUUGCAUUUUAAUGAGGGAAAUAAGUAUUUGACCCCUCUGCAAAACAUGACUUAGUACUUGGUGGCAAAACCCUUUUUGGCAAUCACAGAGGUCAGACGUUUCUUGUAGUUGGCCACCAGGUUUGCACACAUCUCAGGAGGGAUUUUGUCCCACUCCUCUUUGCAGAUCUUCUCCAAGUCAUUAAGGUUUCGAGCCUGACGUUUGGCAACUCAAACCUUCAGCUCCCUCCACAGAUUUUAUAUGUGAUUAAGGUCUGGAGACUGGCUAGGCCACUCCAGGACCUUAAUGUGCUUCUUCUUGAGCCACUCCUUUGUUGCCUUGUCCGUGUGUUUUGGGUCAUUGUCAUGCUGGAAUACCCAUCCACGACCCAUUUUCAAUGCCCUGGCUGAGGGAAGGAAGUUCUCACCCAAGAUUUGACAGUACAUGGCCCCGUCCAUCGUCCCUUUGAUGCGGUGAAGUUGUCCUGUCCCCUUAGCAGAAAAACACCCCCAAAGCAUAAUGAUUCCACCUCCAUGUUUGACGGUGGGGAUGGUUGUUCUUGGGGUCAUAGGCAGCAUUCCUACACCUCCAACACGGCGAGUUGAGUUGAUGCCAAAGAGCUCGAUUUUGGUCUCAUCUGACCACAAAACACUUUCACCCAGUUCUCCUCUGAAUCGUUCAGAUGUUCAUUGGCAAACUUCAGACGGGCCUGUAUAUGUGCUUUCUUGAGCCAGGGGGACCUUGGCGGGCGUGCAGGAUUUCAGUCCUUCACGGCGUAGUGUGUUACCAAUGUUUUCUUGGGGGCCCCCCCUUGCUUUCAAUGCCUUUUUAGUUUUUUAAAAACAACAUCUUCCCCCCUCAAAACCAAAUUCCGCUUAACCCUUUUUUUAACCCAACCCCCCCCCCAACCCCCAGUUUAAAAAAAGAAAGAAAAAGACCUUUGACCCCAUUGCUCAACAACAACUCCCUCCAAGCCUUUUAUAGAUCCCGGGGAUCUGUAUUGGUGUCUGUAUGUUUAAAGAAAUUGGGGCCCAUCGGAAGGAGAGCAGUUUGGGGAAUAUUAAAUCUAUGCCUCCAUUGAUUAAUGGUCUUCUAUUGAAAUGGGUGUCUCUAUGACCCUUGACCCCCCCCCCCCCCCCCCACACACACACACACCCUCCAAUACUCACAACCUAAUCUCUCCAUCCCUCCCUCCAUCUCUCUCCCUUCUUUCUUUCUCCAUCUCUCUCUCUCUCUCUUUCUCUAUCUCUCUGUCUCUUCUCUCGCACUCUCUCAAUUCAAUUUCAAUAUAAGGGGCUUUAUUGGCAUGGGAAACAUAUGUUUACAUUGCCAAAGCAAGUGAAAUAGACAAUAAACAAAAGUUAAAUAAACAAUACAAAAUGAACAGUAAACAUUACACUCACAAAAGUUCCAAAAUAAUAAAGACAUGUAAAAUGUUAUAUUAUGUCUAUAUACAGUGUUGUAAUGAUGUGCAAAUAGUUAAAGUACAAAAGGGAAAAUAAAUAAACAUAAAGGUUGCAUUUACCUCCCCCUUCUCUCCCUCUCUCUCUACCUCUCCCCUGGACCCUGUUUCUCUCUCUUCCCAGGCCCAGUCUCUCUGGGUCUCUGCCAGGGAGGGGUGAGGGCAGGGGUGAUGGGGGUGUCAGUGUCAAUAGAUCAAUUAGGUGGUUAGGGGGGAAAGGGGCUGGGGGUCUCUACAUAUAUGCAUGUCCCAUUGUGUGCUAUUGAGCCUGGUGUCAGGCGGGACAACGAACCCUGCAUCUGUCCCGAGGACACCGGAGGGCCAGGCAGGGUCAGAGGGGGAUAGAGAAGUGGGGACUGGGGCUAGGGUUAGGUUAGGCUAUCCUCUGGAAGUCUAGGCUCUCCCUAUGUUAAGGUCAAGCUCCGGGAAGAGGAGAGGAGGGGAAAUCAUUGGGAAUGUUUUUAUAGAUCUGUUGUGGUAAAUGUAGGGAUGUUUGUAUGUAUUGAUACACAUUGAGGUAUAUGUAAUGUGGGUAGUAUGCUGUAGGCUACUAUAACUAGGGACAAAGUGUUUUUCCUCGUCAGGUUACAUGGUCAGGACAAACUCAGGGAUCUACUGUGUAUUUAGAUAGUUACAUUUGAGCUAUGUUUCUACCAGGUUAGAGGAAACUGUAUAAAAUGAUAUGGUCUAGAGAUAUGGUAAAAUCAAAUUCACUUCUCAAGGUCCUUACUAUAAGGACUGCAGUGAUCAUAAACACAUUUAUAUGAUAGUACAGCUGCCCAAAACCAUGAUCAGUACUGCCCUCUAUAGUUCAUUAUAAGACUGACAGCACAUAGAACUCAAUGCUCUCCCCCAAAAGGCCUUGUCAUUCUAAUCAUUCUAACCUUUCUUCCUCUCUCUCAUUCUAAUCUUUCUUUCCUCUAAUGUCAUCCUCCGCUUUUAUUCAUCCUCCUUUUUUGUACAAUCGUUCUUCUACCUUCUUCCUAUUUUUUCUCCAAACAACCUUUGUAUCCCUCCAAUUAUCACUAACCCGUUUAAUCUCCUCUCUUCUCCUCUCCUAUUGCCCUCCUUCCAUUUUCCUCAUAUCUUCCACCUCCCCUCUUGACUUUUUGAAAGUUCUAUAUUUUACUUUCAUGCACAGUUACAUAGUAUCACAAGCAAAAGCAAUUGUAUAUACAAUUUUGCAACAGUGAUACAAGGAUUAAUCAAUACACUUACACACACAAUACACUUACAACAAAUACAUAAUUUUCUCCCCACCAGCUCCCCCUGAGUUCAUGCAGUGGCCGCAGUCUGUCUCAAAACCAGCGGGAGGCAGUGCUGUGUUCACCUGUGUGGCCCAGGGCGUCCCCGAGCCUCACCUCAUCUGGCUGAAGAAUGGCAAGAUCCUGACGCCUGGUGACAACGUCAAGCUCACCAACAACAACAGGUACAGUACACCAGAGGUGUAUUCAUCCCACCGAUUCCGUUGCAAAACAUUUCUUAAACGGAAGCAAACGGAAUGAAACAGGGAGGGAACUCCCUGAAUUUGUCCAAUAGAAACUCUUGUUUUGCUGUGUUUGCUUCCGUUUGGUGCUUAAACGGUAGGCAGUUUACAUAAUGAAUACAGCGCUGGGUUUACAUUUAAGUAUUUUAGUCAUUUAGUCUUAUCUAUAGUGAAUUAGGUCUAUAGUCAGUGCAUUCAACUUAAGUAGGGAAAACAAACACAUAUCAAAAUCAUUGCAAGUAAAACGUUCAUCGACAAUAGACGCUAAAUCUGCAAAAUCAGCGUUUCCCCUAUAUUAUUUUCCAAGGGGGAUCAUAUAGACCCCGAAAUCAACAUCCAGGUUCUCUGGAACCAAGGUUGUCCAUUGAAAGCAGAAACGAACUACUUUAGUCGUGCAGCAACAGAGAUUAUUUUGUUAUUCCCACAUACUAGCAGUUGAUAUAGUCUAAUGUCCAUGAACAGAAAUUGUGAAAUACGUGUAAAAUCUAUUUUGAAAUAAUGUUGAUCUUUCCAUUAUCCUGUAUUUAAUGUUUUUGCCUUGACGUAUCCGAUACAUUAUUUAUAAACUUCCAAUUUAACUGAAUGAUGUGUAAACUGUGGGACCAUGGUCCCAUCCAAUCAAUUAAUAUAAAUCAGUUAGUGCUGGUAUGAUAUCAUUCUCAUCAAGACUGGUCAGACCUACAGAAGAACAGUUCAUAUAUUUCACCACAAGGUGGCAAUGUUUGAUAGUGGCUGACAUUUCCCUCUGUGAAGUAGGCUGAAGUUCUGCAUUUACACUGAACACGAGAGGAUGGGAUUCAUUUGCUUCCUGAUUAUGUUUUGAAUCACAAAGAAUUUCAUUUUAUAUCUGAAUAUUUGUUUGAAUGUAUAUUCAUACAACCGACCCAUCUUUUAGAAAUGAACCCUUGUUGUUUACCCAAUAUAUCAAUGUUUUAAUAUGUCCUAACUCAAAUAAAAAGUUUCUAAUCUUUAAACUCCAUCCUCCAGCACCCUGGCCGUGACGCGCAUCACCUCGGAGGACGAGGCCAUCUACCAGUGCAUCGCUGAGAACAUGGCCGGCACCAACCAGGCUAGCGCCCGUCUGGCCGUGUCCCUGGCCAAGGAUCUACCCGACUCCCCCCAGGGCCUCACCUCCUCCGCCCUCUCCCCCAGCGCCCUGCAGCUCGCCUGGAUCCAGCCGCCCGUAGAGAUCACCGACGGCAUCAUCGGCUAUGUGCUCCACAUCCGCAAGAUCGGCGGUGAGUGAGAGUCUUUGUGUGAUAAUCUAUUAGUGUUCAAAGCAGAGCUAGGAGUAAGAUAUUUCUUAAUUGCCUAAAAAAAAACUGUUCUCUCGUUGCCUCCUCUCCUUCAUUGUGCUGAUCUAAAAGAACUGGCCAGGUGAAAGCCAGCCUAAUGACAGGACAGAUUGUUAAGCAAUUGAGAUAGUAUUUUGUUUUCUUUAAAAUACUUUAGCAGCACUUGACUGAGUGUGCUGCAAUGGAACCUAACCCUAAUGAUAAUACUGCUUGUUGUUCCCCCCAGAGCCAGACAGCAGAGAGCUGCAGGAAGCAGUCAGUAAAACCACCUUCCAGCACGACUUCACCAACCUGGAGCCAGCCACCACCUACUCCAUCUACCUCAAGGCCUACUCCCCACUGGGUGCCAGCCAGCAGUCCAGCACUGUGGUGGCCACAACACUAGGGGGUGGUAAGUCACCAGGAAUAUGCUAUUGCAACGAUCAGUUUACCCUCCCCAAAUCAUUUUAGUCAUUUAGCAGACGCUCUUAUCCAGAGCGACUAACAGUUAGUGAGUGCAUACAUGUUUUUUGUUUUUUUCAUACUGGCCCCCCGUGGGAAUCAAACCCACAACCCUGGCGUUGCAAGCGCCAUGCUCUACCAACUGAGCUACAAUCCUAACCAUAAACAGCUCCCUGUGGGAAACAUAAAGGGUUACACUUUAUAAUUACUUUCAACAAUAACCAUUUAUAAACGGUGUAUGAAUACUGUACUAUUAUACCUAUAGUGUACAUAUACUAUUAAUAAAUGAGUAUUGUAGUAUUUGUAAACAUUUGUAAACAUGUACUCACAUAUAUAAGCAUUCCCAAACGUUUAUAAGCAUAAAUAAUAUAUUUAAAUGUAACCAAAUAAAUGGGUUCUAUUAUAUUAUGGGGGGAAUGUAAAACUGACCUUUGAUAAGUGUCUAGUAGCUCCAUGUACAUUGCACAAAGCGGACAGCAGAGUGCUUAGGAUGAUUUAGCUAGACUAGUGUAAGAUUGAGAUUUUUUUUAAUGGUUCUACGGCCUGAUAGCCUGCCUGGUUAUUUACAACCUGUAAUCGAUCGUAGGUGUUUAUCUCCUCUUCCCUCUCUUGAUGUAAUUUCAUCAUUUUUACCUCUCACAUCCCCCUUUUCUCAUCGGGUCUCUCCAUGUCUGUGCACUUAUUUCAAUUCCCAUAUACUAUUCCACUCGUCUACCAUCACUGAUAAACACUCCCUUGUUUUUCCUCCCUGUCUUACUAUCUCUUUGAGUUUUAUCAUCAUUCCAUCCUCACCCCUCUCUUUUUCUCUCUUUCCAUUUGUCUUCAAUUCAUACACCAUAUCUCUUUCAUACUGCUUCUCUAACCAACUCUACACUCUUUCUAUCUUUCUGCUGUCCUUUUCAAUCUUUGAUUAAUUUCAAUUUUUUUCAUCCAAUGUUCUAAUCUUCAUCUCUCCUCCUGUAGUGCCCACUCCCCCAACCUUCUUCACCAAGGUGGUGAACUCCACUGCAGUCCAGGUGUUAUGGGAGCUCCCCAGCAAGCCUGGCAAGGCAGAGGGCUUCAGGCUCACCUACCGCAGGGUCCCCCAUGCCGACUUCCAGGGGCCAGUUCAGUUCCCUUGCCACGUCAAUGCCCACACCAUCUCCCGCCUUGGUGAGUGAGAGAGCUUUAAAUGGUUGCAGCGGUGCAGAGACUAACAAUUACCCCAUAUUUGAAUGAUUAUGUGACAGCGAGUUAAUUACCAUGCACAUGGAAGAUCAACGUAAUAUCCCUCUGGAGCAGAGAAAUGUGAAACGGAGAUCUUCAAACGUUCCUUGAGGUUUUUUGUCUGACAUGUUUUGCUGUAUCUGUAAAAAAAAAGAAAAGAAAAAAAGUGACAUGUAAGCCACCUAGUGGAAGAUUACUGGAUGGGUUAGUGUCAGCUACUGAUUGGCAUCAUUGCAUUCAGAGCAUAAGCUUUCUCAUACUGCAGCAAUGACUUAAUCUAUAUCGAGAGAUUAAAAGAGGGAGACAGGGGAGGAUGUUGGCGGUAUCAAGACAUAGAUGCCAGAGAGAGAUGACAGAGUGAGAGAGUUGAGAAGAAAGACAGUUGUAAGUGGGUUAGGGAGGGAGGCAUUAGGGCAAAGGAACAGUCCAGGGAAGAGUGAAAAAUGACAUGCUCCCCAACUUCAAUCUCUUUCAAUCGCCCAAUCAAUAGCUUUGCUUUUAAUCGCGCAAGCAGUCAAUAACACUCUGUCAAUAUCUCCCCAUUUAAAAAAUAUGACCUUCGAAAUUGUCGAAGGGAAUUUAUAAUGUGACACUGUCACAAUGACUUGUUCUUGCAGAAACCGGCGCGGUGUAUGAAGUCAAACUAGUAGCCUAUAACGGGAACGGCGAGAGCGACUGCUCCAAGAGGCUGGUGUCACUGGCAGAAGACGGCACCAGCGCCAAAACCAGUGGUGAGUGUCCAAUAAAUAUUAGAGUCGAGUCAGUAUUGAGUAAUAAACACUAUUUUCUAGACAAGUAUUAGUUAUUUGGUGAUCUUCUGUCCUUUUUGCUUCAAGUGUAUUUUGGAGUGAAUCUAUUAGUUAGACUUGUGUUUGGCAUUGCCAUAUGAUCCAAUCUGUCUUCCCAUCAUUUUACUGACUGUGUAUUUGUGCUGGCUAAUGAAUGUAUGGAUGUACUCAUCAUGUGUUUCUUGGUUGCAGGUGGGGAGACCCAGUGUACCUGUAGACAGGAGAGCGAGGGCUCGAUGGGCGGUAUCGUGGUUGGCAUUCAUAUCGGCAUGGCCUGCAUCAUCUUCUGUGUGCUCUUCCUCAUGUUUGGAUACCGUCACAGGUAAGGAGGGGCCCUAUCUGAUGGGACCACUAGGUGUUGCUUUGCUUCUAGUACUGUACUUCCAUUGUCAGAUUGGGUUUUUAAGGCCAGGUAAACUUUAGAUAUAUCCUGAUCACCUAUGAUUUAUCUUGGCAGAGUAAGAUUAUGAAUGUCAACUUUGGUAUAUUAUAUGUUAGUUGUAUUCGUAAAAUUGUGUGUGUUGUUCUUAGAGUGGACUUGUGUGCAUGUAAUAUUGAAACGUAUUAAUGUCCCUAGUUUGUUCUGCAGUAAAGGGACUCAGUACAGCUGGUCUGUGCCAAAGGGGGAGGACCGGGGACAGCUGGGACAAAACGGGAUCCCCAAAGAGGGGGUCACUCGUCCUGCAGAAGUCACCCUCGAAUUAGUGCCUCAGGUAGGAGGACCGGUGCACUGACACAUUGGCAGACUAACCUGACUCAUUCACUGCACAGCAAACAUUAAGCUAACCUCUCACGCAAUGUGGCCAUUAGUUUUGUUCGCCCAAGGUUCCAUUGGCUAUUUUCAUCCCUGUAACAGACAGGAGGUGACUGAAUAGAUGUCGCCGUCUAAUAAUUGAAUCAUCGAUGACAUCAGAGCUGCAGGAUAUGGGUUGCCAGGACACACGCAUUGACAUCACAGUUGUUUUUGACGUCACAGUUGUUUGGCCACCAGGUGUAACUCAGUUUCUAAAACAAAGUUGACACCUUCAGGACAUCUGGAGUUGCCGAUAUCUCAGGAUGAAUUGAACUAUCAUGCUCGCAAUCCCAUCUCUUUGUUGUCACAAGCUCAUCCAACUAUUCAAUCUGAGAUCUAGAUCUCAUCUGUCUGUGAUUUCUGACCCCAUGAUAGAUUACAAGCCUUAGGGCUCUAGUCAAUCAAACCUGGAUUUGUUACCACUGAACGAAACAUUGUUACCACGUCAAGCAAAAAGGACAUUACUUCAAGGCGUUCUAGAGACUAGGGUGUGUUUUUCGAAAGCUUUGGGGCUAACGCGGAACUUAAUUUUUUUAUUUGAUUGAAUUGGAUCUCCAGAGUUGUGUUGAACAAUAUUGAUGUUACUAUGUCCAGGAGUAGAAAUUGUGAACAAGAUGAUUGGUCAACCACAAUGCAGAAGCAAUCAUCAGUGGACAAAAGGAGGGAUAUGAUCAAAGUUGAUAAAUAAUAGACUGACACUCUGUCUUUUGUCUCUCUUUCUUUUACAGAGUCAUGACUCCACCUGUCAGGGAGGGGCUCCGGUGCGUCCGGCCCAAGGCCAGGUCCUCAUCGAGCAACACUCGUCUGGUCUGCCUGGAAUGGGCACUGGCUAG